UCCACCAUACCCCAUCCACCAUAUGCCACCAGCCGAGAACCUCACCUUACACAACCAUUAUCAACAAACAGCCGCAGCUUUGCUACCACCAGUCCCGACCUGGAAUUCGCCACAGUCACCGUACAGCGGUCGCUCUGAAUAUCGACAGCGGCCACUAGAUCUUACACGUCAGCAUCCAUACCUACCUCCAGGUCAAUUAUAUCCUCCACCGCCAGCGGCGGUAGGAAGAGAGGCUCCAGGUUAUCCCGCUGAUCCAGGAUACAGGUGGCCAGGAUCCAGGUGGCCAGGAUCCAGGUGGCCAGGGAGUGUGGCGGGUCGUCCAAGAUCUCCCGCUGAGCUCCGACGUCCUCCCCAUCAUCUCGUGAGUAUCCACGAUGCUCCAGACUAUGGUUCGCAUCCUUGCCACACUAGUCCCGACAGCCAGCCAAACGGAAUCCAUCACCCAUUUCAUGUGGUGACAAGCCACGACAGAAUGGCCGGGCAACAUCCUGGACCUCCUAGACCUUAUGGGCCACACCUCGCAGAAACAUCACCACCCGCGGGGUAUCAUGUACAGACUUCAUAUCACAAUCCCGAUCUUCAGCGAAGACGGAAGGCUGUGCGAGCGGCAGAAGCAUGCGAUUCCUGUCGACAACGAAAAACAAAAUGCGACGAGAGCAGACCGCAAUGUCAUCAUUGCAAGGUCAACGGCUUGACAUGUACAUAUAGAGAGUUACCGUUGAAGAAGUCGGAGAAGCAAAUAAUUGACAUCACUGGUAGAUUGGAGACGAUAAACAGGAGUAUUGAAAUGCUUAUUCAAAAGUCGAAGACGCAGGACGAGAAGAUUGAUGCGUUAUCGAAAGCGUUGCAGCAGAGGCAGCAAUAUGACAUCGACACGGCGCCAACAAUAGAUGGACACCAGGAAAUUGCCUCACAACAGAAUGAUGGGUCAACCUUUGUCGCCAAUUUUCAAGAUGAUACAUUAUGGGCCCAUCGCAGAGAAGAGAACUCUGAUGUGCAGUCCACAACACGACCACAAGCGCUGCCGACAAGUCCUGCUGGCCAAGCAGAGAACCAGAGAGGGAAAAUUUCGAACAAGCCUUGCCUGGAGUCCAUACUACUGUGACCUUCUGACGAGACGUUCUCAAUUGACCCUUCAUCAAAGGCUGAUCCCUUCCCGGGCCACGGCAUCGUGUGUGAUUGACGAAGAAUUUGGGCGAGCAAGCGUUACGUCACUACGACCUGGGUGAAGGCGAAUAAAAGACAAGACAAGAUUGGCGGACAUGAGGCUGCUCCAAGCCGCCCAGCUGCUAAUUCCGGCCGGCACCUGGAUGACGAAACAUCAUCUUCACCACGCAGCGUCUAGCGCAUCGGACAGCUUCAGUCAUCAACACUGUCGAGUUCAACAAUGCUCAUGCUGCGCGAGACCAUCCAGGUGGUGUGAUCCCCCAUGGUAGACCCAUGCUGGACUUUGAAGCAAUUGACCGGUAUUUCCUAACCUACAUGGAUCAUGUGUACAUCGCGCAUUCCCUCGACAGGAGCAAAAAGCGAUCACGACACGAACCCACUCCAAGGCUUCUGACUUUGUGGCUACACGCUCUCGAGAGGCAAGGAGAUAUUUUCUCCGGAAGUAUGAUAUCCGAGGUAGGAAAGGGCUAUGCAACCCUGAGGUGCGAAAGGAGUCUGCUCUAGGCUGAGUUUCGCACAGAUCAAUUGUCUGAGUUCCUCGUCCAUCGAAAGAGUAAGCCGCUUCUGGAUUUGUCGUUUGGCUCAUCCUUUUUACUUUAACGAGGCCUGUCGAGUGCGCACGGCGCAGCUUAAACCUUCUCCUUCAAAGCUGAGAUCCAUGAGACAAAAGAAUAAGGGGUCUGAAGGCCCACGAAGCUUUUCUCAUCCGUGUUCCUGAGUGUUCCUGAGCUGCACCUUGCAUUCAAUCCCUCAUUAUUUGCAGGGGCAGCUGGUUUGGAACUGUAAUAAGAGAGACAUAAUGUGCGAAGAGUAUGAUUGUCUCCAAGAAAGAGCCUUUCAUGCCAGAGAAUGCUUGACUCAUCCUUUACUAAGAUCCUGUGCACGUUGAUGACUAGGCCUGAAUGGAGGAAAUCUCAUAACCGUGACGCUGAUGUGGUUGGAGGGAAUAAAGAAAGCACUGCAUUUGUACCUAAGAUCGCCACUUAUGUCAUGCG